CAAAAAAUGGAGCAGUGUCUUCACUUAUUGGAACCAGAAACUCUGACUUGGUACAGCUAUGUUGCGGGUUUUGCAUGGUUUGUAGUAUUUGUCGUGUUUAUCGGCCCCACUUCGGAUUUUUAUGAGAACGAAUCCCGCGCGGAUUUCAAAUGCAAGACAGAAUCAGUGAAAGAUAAUGCUUGGAUUACUAAACAAUGCUUUGGAAAUUACGAAAAGGACUACACGAAAAUCAUCCCUAUAUUCGUGUUUGUACUGAUCAACUUUUUCGUUUUCCUCCUUGUGUUUGUGAUUUACUCGUGUUUUACAAAGAGGAGAGUCGAGAGGAUUAAAAACCACGAAACAAAUGAUGCCGAACUCCAGCCACUUCAGCCAUCCCAGCCAGAGAAGAAAACCAAAUUAGUUUGGUCCUACAUUGGUCAACUCACCGCAAGAAUUCUAUUGGGAAUAAUAUUUAUGGUGUCACAAACUGGGUAUUUUUACCCUCAUGGCUUCCCGUCGAACUUUGAAUGCAGAUCUAUCAAACGGCAAAGGAAUUCCACUGCUGUCGUUAUCGCCAACAUAACGUAUGAUUGCUAUAAUCAGGCGGCGAGUAAGAAAAAUCAUUGGGUAAUGGGGUUAUUGGUGGUAAAUGGAGUUUUUGCUUUCGUUGCCUUCGUAGAAUUUCUGUGGGUGUUAUACACGGUUAAAAGAAGGAGAGCUUGUUUCAAUGAUUUGCAAUUUUAUCAAAAUUUCUUAGGAGGGUCCAAUAAGCAACAACUUAAAUUAUCGAAUAUCAUCAGCAAAAUGAAAACAAACUUCUUGGAACACACAAAGAGACUUGCUGAUCUCAGAACACCAUUUCGUUCUAAUCCUGGGGAAGGCCGUCAGACACACGACCUGGAAACAGAUAAGAUUUAUGUGAAUGUCACAAUCCAUGAGAACAGAGCAACAAUGGACUUCCCCCAUGAAAGAUCUGAACAAUUGAAAGUGUACCCACCAAAACGUGGUAAGGACACUCGUGAGCUAAAACAGAUAGCAGAUAUAAUCGAUGCUGAACACAAAAAUGUGCUUGUUGUUGGCCGACCUGGCAUUGGGAAGACAAUAAUGUGCACCAGGCUCCUGCGAUUGUGGGCUGAAAGCGAGUCCAGUGAUGAGGUAGCUUUGUCUAUUGCUUUUCGGAAUGUUUCCUCUACUUCUGACAUCAAUAUCAGGGACCUUUUGACUCUUUCUACUACAACACAAGGACUUGAUGAUAAUGAGAUAAGCUACAUUUUAAACUACAUUACUGCAAACCCUAGCAAGCUCAUUUUGUGUUUAGAUGGUGUUGAUGAAUUUUCAUCUAGAUCAAAUAUUUCUCAAAGUGAAUAUUUGGACUUAAGAAGCACAGAUGGGAAAAUGGCCCCACAUAUACUUUUUCGUAAGAUAUGGUCUAGAAAACUCCUAUGCGAAGCAACAGUUAUAACAACAACACGUCCAACUGCUGUUGAAUGUCUGAGGGAACUUCCUGAAGACUGUUUGAAUAGAACUGUUGAGAUUCUUGGAUUCUCAUUUGAACAAGUCAAAGACUAUGUCACCAAAUUUUCCGAGAGCCGACCAAAGAUAUGGGAACACAUACAACAGAAUGCAAAUCUACUUUCCCUCUGCUACAUUCCAGUAAACUGCUUUAUUAUUUGUCAUUGUCUUCUUCAUAGUUGUGAUCAUUUGCUGCCUGUAAAGAUUACAGAGAUUUACAGUAUUUUUGUGAAAAUAUUCUUCCACAAGCGAAAUCACAACAGAAAAGCGUAUGGAUGUUCAAAAUGUGACCUUAGAACUUACAUGUACAAACCCUUUGAAGACCUGAAACCUGAAAAUGAAAAGGUGUUCAAGAGGCUUGGAGAGCUAGCAUUUGAAGGAAUUAGAGAUCGGAAGUUGAUAUUCGAGUCUGUUAAGAUAGAUGAUGCAUUAUUAGAUUGUGGGCUGCUUCACAGUUUACCUGAAAUACCUUCAAAUUCACUGGUGGAGCCCCCUAAACAAUACUUUUGCUUUAUUCACCUGACACUGCAGGAGUUUCUAGCAGCUAAGCAUGUGACAGACACAAAUUCGGAAGAAAAUUUAAAGAGCUUUGUUGAGAACCAUAUCAAUGACGGUGCAUGGCAAAUAGUCACACGGUUUGUGGCAGGGCUUUCCAAUACCCAUGAAGUCACAUGCAGACUCCUUCCAGAAAGAGUGACUGAUCAAAAGGAGUGGCCAGUUGCAGAAGACACAACACUUGCUGUGGAUGUGUGCCACUGCUUAUAUGAAUCAGCUAGUGAGAUGGAGGCUAAAGCAUUGCUGCAGGGUAAACUUGAAAGAAUGGACUUAAAUAUAGUUAAAUUUCCCAAAUGUCAACUUGGACCUGCUGACAUGUCUGCUGUUGUGAAUGUAUUGAAGCAUGCGCCUAACCUCAAUACACUAUUAAUGCCCAAUAAUAAUAUUGGUUUGAUUGGCUGUAAGGAAGUUCUAACAUUGUUGCAGAAUUUUGGCAACAAACUUACUAAAUUGGACCUCACAUUCAACAGCAUAGGAGAUGAAGGAGCAAAGUACAUAUCUGAGGCACUUGGACAUGAGAAUUGUAAACUUACUAAGUUGGACAUCAGUGAUAAUGAUAUAGGAGAUGAAGGAGCAAAGUACAUAGGUGAGGCACUUGGACAUGAGAAUUGUAAACUUACUAAGUUGAAUAUCAGCGCUAAUGAUAUAGGAGAUGAAGGAGCAAAGUACAUAGGUGAGGCACUUGGACAUGAGAAUUGUAAACUUACUAAGUUGAAUAUCCUCAAUUAUAAUAUAGGAGAUGAAGGAGCAAAGUACAUAGGUGAGGCACUUGGACAUGAGAAUUGUAAACUUACUAAGUUGAAUAUCAGCAAUUAUACUAUAGGAGAUGAAGGAGCAAAGCACAUAGGUGAGGCACUUAGACAUGAGAAUUGUAAACUUACUCAGUUGGACAUCAGCUAUACUAAUAUAGGAGAUGAAGGAGCAAAGCACAUAGGUGAGGCACUUGGACAUGAGAAUUGUAAACUUACUAAGUUGAAUAUCAGCAAAAAUAAUAUAGGAGAUGGAGGAGCAAAGUACAUAGGUGAGGCACUUGGACAUGAGAAUUGUAAACUUACUAAGUUGAAUAUCAGCAAUUAUAAUAUAGGAGAUGAAGGAGCAAAGUACAUAGGUGAGGCACUUGGACAUGAGAAUUGUAAACUUACUAAGUUGAAUAUCAGCAAUUAUAAUAUAAGAUAUGAAGGAGCAAAGCACAUAGGUGAGGCACUUAGACAUGAGAAUUGUAAACUUACUCAGUUGGACAUCAGCUAUACUAAUAUAGGAGAUGAAGGAGCAAAGCACAUAGGUGAGGCACUUAGACAUGAGAAUUGUAAACUUACUCAGUUGGACAUCAGAUAUACUAAUAUAGGAGAUGAAGGAGCAAAGCACAUAAGUGAGGCACUUAGACAUGAGAAUUGUAAACUUACUCAGUUGGACAUCAGCUAUACUAAAAUAAAGUCGUCGUGGGCGCGAGCUCCGUCUACGCCCCUGAGAUAUUUCCCAACGCAAUCCAACAUUAAACUCAAGUGCAGCCAAAAAAUGGAGCAGUGUCUUCACUUAUUGGAACCAGAAACUCUGACUUGGUACAGCCAUGUUGCGGGUUUUGCAUGGUUUGUAGUAUUUGUCGUGUUUAUCGGCCGCACUUCGGAUUUUUAUGAGAACGAAUCCCGCGCGGAUUUCAAAUGCAAGACAGAAUCAUUGAAAGAUAAUGCUUGGAUUACUAAACAAUGCUUUGGAAAUUACGAAAAGGACUACAUGAAAAUCAUCCCUAUAUUCGUGUUUGUACUGAUCAACUUUUUCGUUAUCCUCCUUGUGUUUGUGAUCUACUCGCGUUUUACAAAGAGGAGAGUCGAGAGGAUUAAAAACCACGAAACAAAUGAUGCCGAACGCCAGCCACUUCAGCCAACCCAGUCAGAGAACAAAACCAAAUUAGUUUGGUCCUACAUUGGUCAACUCACCGCCAGAAUUUUAUUGGGAAUAUUAUUUAUGGUGUCACAAACUGAGUAUUUUUACCCUGAUGGCUUUCCGUCGAACUUUGAAUGCAGAUCUAUCAAACGGCAAAGGAAUUCCACUGCUGUCGUUUCCGCCAACAUAACUUAUGAUUGUUAUAAUCAGGCGGCGAGUAAGAAAAAUAUUUGGGCAGAUGGGUUAUUGUUGGUAAAUGGAAUUUUUGCUUUCGUUGCCUUCGUAGAAAUUCUGUGGGUUUUAUACAGGGUUAAAAGAAGGAGAGCUUGUUUCAAUGAUUUGCAAUUUUAUCAAAAUUUCUUAGGAGGGUCCAAUAAGCAACAACUUAAAUUAUCGAAUAUCAUCAGCAAAAUGAAAACGAACUUCUUGGAACACACAAAGAGACUUGCUGAUCUCAGAACACCAUUUCGUUCUAAUCCUGGGGAAGGCCGUCAGCCACACGACCUGGAAACAGAUAAGAUUUAUGUGGAUGUCACAAUCCAUAAGAACAGAGCAACAAUGGAUUUCCCCCAUGAAAGAUCUGAACAAUUGAAAGUGUACCCACCAAAACGUGGUAAGGACACUCGUGAGCUAAAACAGAUAGCAGAUAUAAUCGAUGCUGAACACAAAAAUGUGCUUGUUGUUGGCCGACCUGGCAUUGGGAAGACAAUGAUGUGCACCAGGCUCCUGCGAUUGUGGGCUGAAAGCGAGUCCAGUGAUGAGGUAGCUUUGUCUAUUGCUUUUCGGAAUGUUUCCUCUACUUCUGACAUCAAUAUCAGGGACCUUUUGACUCUUUCUACUACAACACAAGGACUUGAUGAUAAUGAGAUAAGCUACAUUUUAAACUACAUUACUGCAAACCCUAGCAAGCUCAUUUUGUGUUUAGAUGGUGUUGAUGAAUUUUCAUCUAGAUCAAAUAUUUCUCAAAGUGAAGAUUUGGACUUAAGAAGCACAGAUGGGAAAAUGGCCCCACAUAUACUUUUUCGUAAGAUAUGGUCUAGAAAACUCCUAUGCGAAGCAACAGUUAUAACAACAACACGUCCAACUGCUGUUGAAUGUCUGAGGGAACUUCCUGAAGACUGUUUGAAUAGAACUGUUGAGAUUCUUGGAUUCUCAUUUGAACAAGUCAAAGACUAUGUCACCAAAUUUUCCGAGAGCCGACCAAAGAUAUGGGAACACAUACAACAGAAUGCAAAUCUAUUUUCCCUCUGCUACAUUCCAGUAAACUGCUUUAUUAUUUGUCAUUGUCUUCUUUAUAGUUCUGAUCAUGUACUGCCUGUAAAGAUUACAGAGAUUUACAGUAUUUUUGUGAAAAUAUUCUUCCACAAGCGAAAUCACAACAGAAAAGCUUAUGGAUGUUCAAAAUGUGACCUUAGAACUUACAUGUACAAACCCUUUGAAGACCUGAAACCUGAAAAUGAAAAGGUGCUCAAGUGGCUUGGAAAGCUAGCAUUUGAAGGAAUUAGAGAUAGGAAAUUGAUAUUCGAGUCUGUUAAGAUAGAUGAUGCAUUAUUAGAUUGUGGGCUGCUUCACAGUUUACCUGAAAUACCUUCAAAUUCACUGGUGGAGCCCCCUAAACAAUACUUUUGCUUUAUUCACCUGACACUGCAGGAGUUUCUAGCAGCUAAACAUGUGACAGACACAAAUUCGGAAGAAGAUUUAAAGAGCUUUGUUGAGAACCAUAUCAAUGACGGUGCAUGGCAAAUAGUCACACGGUUUGUGGCAGGGCUUUCCAAUACCCAUGAAGUCACAUGCAGACUCCUUCCAGAAAGAGUGACUGAUCAAAAGGAGUGGCCAGUUGUAGAAGACACAACACUUGCUGUGGAUGUGUGCCACUGCUUAUAUGAAUCAGCUAGUGAGAUGGAGGCAAAAGCAUUGGUGCAGGGUAAACUUGAAAGAAUGGACUUAAAUAUAGUUAACUUUCCCACAUGUCAACUUGGACCUGCUGACAUGUCUGUAUUGAAGCAUGUAUUGAAGCAUGCGCCUAACCUCAAUACACUAUUAAUGCCCAAUAAUAAUAUUGGUUUGAUUGGCUGUAAGGAAGUUCUAACAUUGUUGCAGAAUUUUGGCAAUAAACUUACUAAAUUGGACCUCACAUUCAACAGCAUAGGAGAUGAAGGGGCAAAGUACAUAGGUGAGGCACUUGGACAUGAGAAUUGUAAACUUACUAAGUUGAACAUCAGUGAUAAUAAUAUAGGAUAUGAAGGAGCAAAGUACAUAGGUGAGGCACUUGGACAUGAGAAUUGUAAACUUACUGAGUUGAAUAUCAGCGAUUAUAAUAUAGGAGAUGAAGGAGCAAAGUACAUAGGUGAGGCACUUGCAAAUGAGAAUUGUAAACUUACUCAGUUGGACAUGCUUUGUAACAAUAUAGGAGAUGAAGGAGCAAAGUACAUAGGUGAGUCACUUAGACAUGAGAAUUGUAAACUUACUUAUUUGAAGAUCUUCUAUACUAAUAUAGGAGAUGAAGGAGCAAAGUACAUAUGUGAGGCACUCAGACAUGAGAAUUGUAAACUUACUCAGUUAGACAUCAGCCAUACUAAUAUAGGAGAUGAAGGAGCAAAGUACAUAGGUGAGGCACUUAGUCAUGAGAAUUGUAAACUUACUCAGUUGUACAUCGGCUUUAAUAAAAUAGGAGAUGAAGGAGCAAAGUACAUAGGUGAGGCACUUAGUCAUGAGAAUUGUAAACUUACUCAUUUGAACAUCAGCUAUAAUAAUAUAGGAGAUGAAGGAGCAAAGUACAUAGGUGAGGCACUUAGACAUAAGAGUUGUAAACUUACUCAGUUGUUAAUCGGCUUUAAUAAUAUAGGAGAUGAAGGAGCAAAGUACAUAGGUGAGGCAUUUAGACAUGAGAAUUGUAAACUUACUCAGUUGAACAUGUAUGGUGACCAUAUAGGAGAUGAAGGAGCAAAGUACAUAGGUGAGGCCCUGAAACACAGAAUUGUACUAUACACAUUUUAAUGAUUUUGUACACAUAACAUUGCUUCAUUUGUUACAUAUUUUUCCUUUUUAUAUAGUUUUACCGUAUAGAGAUUGGUAUUUUAUUACGUUAUAAUAAAAUUUCAAUUGAGGUA